AUGUCUCGCGCCCAUGUAUCAUAUCCCUACAUCGACCCAGUAGCCAUCCAAGACCCGCACCACGACUUCCACCGCGACCGCUUCCAGCCCCAACCACAACACACCCGCGAUGAAUCACCAGAUGCAUCUCGAGACCAGUCCCAUUCCUCCAUAGAAUCGCAAUCCCAGUCCAACUCCCAAUCCUACCGCGAACAGGGCGGUCAAGUCCCAACCAUCCGCCUCGUCUCCGGCACACCCUUCGCCAUCGGCGCCGCCUCUCCUUUCUCCGACUCGAACACCUCUCUUCGUCUUCCCCUCCCCGUUCCCACGAUCGUCCCCAUGCCUAAUCGGGACUCCGUCGCACUCGCCGAUAUGUCGAUGGCCACGGGGAUGUCGUCAUAUGUUGCCGUUUCGCCCCCUUCGCCACCGAACCAUGUCGUCGAUACUCUCGCUCCGAAGGGCCAGGACGGAGAGCGGAGGAGAGUCGUGCCGAAGAAGAAGUCUAAGUUGAGUUUGCUCGUCGCGGGGAGUAUGCGUGGGUCGAAGGAGAAUAAGGAGGCCAAGGAGAACGGUGGUCUCGGAACGACGAGGGGCAGAUCUAAGCUUUCCAUUGGGCCGGGUGGGAGUGGGAAUAAGGAUCUGUCGGAUGUGACGCGCAGGAUAGGCGCUGGGACUUCGACGAUCGGAAGAGGGAGAGGGAAGAGUGGAAAGGGAGGAUUCGAGAUCUAUGUGGAUCAGGAGAAUGAGGCGGUGGAAGAGGUCGUCGUCAUGAAGAAGAAGAAGAGUAGGAUUGGGUUGGAUGGUAUCAGGUGGGGAAGUGGGAACUCGAGCACGAACGCGAACCCUGGUGCGAGCGGUGCAGGAAGUGGAGGAAGGACUACGAGCGAGACAGGAAUGUUAGGAGAAGUGACGAAUGCGCAGCAGAGGGAGCGGGAGAAGGAGAGCAAAGGGUCAGCGCGGUUGUUGAAGCCGAAGUUAGACGAGAAGGACUCGAAAUGGUGGAGUAUUGGGAGGGGAAGAAAGGACGCGAAAGAGAACAAGGAGAAGGAGAAAGACAAGGAGACGAAGAAGCGGUCCAAGACCCCAGAUCUCUUCAAAUCUUCUCGUGCCCGGUUUAAUUCCCUUGACUCAGGUAUCCUCCUCAAUUCUCCCACAGAGACUUCCGCUCCUACAAACGUCAACGCCGAAGACAAACCCGAGAGCCAGCGUCCCCAUACAGUUCUUCAAGGGCUCCGCUCGGCCUCUCAGACCCUUCUUGUUCCUGUGUCUCACCGCACGGACCUCGACGCAGACGCGGCGAGCCCAGUUGAGGAGCAUUUCGCCAGGCCUCAGUCUCCCGCCCUGCUUGCGCCGUCGUCUACUGGUCCCGCACCGGUGCCAUCUCCUAUUCAUCUAGCGCCUUCUCCGACUUCUGCUCGUCGCGUGUCGUCCCCGGCUGCCACACUUCUUGCGCCUCCGACGAACCCCAGCACCGGCUCGAUCGCUGUCCGGGCGAUGCGCUCGAUGCGCUCGAUGGCUCGUCUUGGUAGCUGGGCGCCGUCCUCCAACACCAACAACCUUUCUAGAGAGGACGAGGAAGCUGCGUCCCCCAUCUCUCCAGCCAUCAUCACCGCGAGCGCCAUCGCAAACUACACCGCUAUGGGCAACAUGAGCACGACCAAUCUCGCCAAUGCGACCACCACGAACGCGAACCCGACCCCAAUAACGACGGCGACGAGUGGAGCAAAGAAAAAAGAAAAGCCCAAAGACGCCAACUCGACGAUCAGCAAAAAGAAAAAGAAAACGAAAACCAGGGAAUCGCUCGCUACCGCCAACGCCAACGCGACGAGGUAUUCGGGGAGCAGUUUCGAGGCCGGGGCACCGUCGCCUAUGAGCGAAUGUUUUUACCAGAAGCCCCAGCAGAUGCUGCUGCAUCCUCACGACGGUCAGGCGCAGGGUCAUCUCAAUGGCGGUGAACAGCAGGAGCAGCUGCAGACGACCUUGCAGCCGAAGAUGCUGGACCCGACGAAGAGGAAAGCCAGCAUGCUCGGUAUCGGCUUGCCUUCGAGCCUGAAGUUCGGGACCGCGAGGGUGUUCUCUGGGACGACUGCAAGCAGACUGUCUGCGUCUUCGGCUUCGACUGCGAGCGCAGAGGAACGUCGAUGUCCACCUGUUUCUGGGAUGGGACGCGGAAGAUCAGGUUCGGCGGUUUCUGCGGCCUCGUCUCUCAGGCCUAUAUCCACUUCGUCCGGGAUGUCGGGUGCUUCUUCGUCUUCGAGCGUCGGGUCUGUGAGAUGGGACGAAUACAAGCUCGUCACCGUGAAGGAGCAGAAGAAACAGGAGAGGGUCGAGGCGGAGAAGGCAGCAGAAUUGGAGAAGGGAAAGGAGAGGGAGGCCGAGAGGCGGGAUACGAGGAAACCAGGGGAUGCGAGGAAGAGGAUGGCGUUGAUGGACAUUUUCCCGGAACAGAUGGUCACGAGCAGUCCCAAGGAACGGAGGCCGAUAUCUGAAAGCUCGGCGAGCUUUUCGUGCAUGCCUAUUCCUGAGCCGCCCCUCGUCAUGGUCCAAGAGCCGACGUUGGAGAUGUCAGAGGGGACUGAAGGUACGGAAGAUGAAGAUGUUGUCGUAUUCCGAGGGGAGGAUUUCGGUGUGGAACCCCAGAACGAGACUAGGCCUCAGGGUGAGACGCCGAGUAGGAGGGUACGGAGGCAUAUGUCCGAGCAGUUGUCGGAUAAGGACCAGCAGGGUGCUGUUAUGGAUGAUGUUGAAGGUGUUUUGGAGCUUUUGGACCAGGCAACGAGCGACCUUGCGUCUCUCAUCGGCCGCUUAGACUUAGAAGCCACUCCAGGGGCUGGCUCACCCAACGGUUCUCCAUUCCGCCUCUCGCCUUCUUUGACCCGUGCACUUCGCAAUACUCCCUCGCUCAGGUUUGGCGCAGGUGGCAGUGUCCGUGCUGGUACAUAUGGUAGUCCCCUCAAGAAAGUCACUGCAGUCGGUGCUACUCCAUCCAAGCAACCGAAUACCCGCACCAGCAUGUCCUCCAUUACCUCUCUCCGUCCAUACGCUCAAUCUCGUGCUCGCGGUAAAUCAACAAUCUCCGGUUCUAUCCCCGAGAAGACAGCGACUCUCGUAGGUAGGCAGAUCGUUCCGUGGCCUAUUUCGCCUACGAAGGCCAGUCCGCAGAGGAGGGCGACUGCGCCUGCUCCGACAGUCGGAGGUGCUCCGACGUUCAGGUUCCCGUACAGGCCGACGUUUAGUCCUGCACCGAUGGCCGAUCCUCCGCUCGUCUUUCAUCCUUUGAAACCGUCAAAGGCGAAGGCCCCUGCUACGACGGCGCGACCUGCAAGCUCAGUGGUCGGUUCGGCAUUGUCAACACCAUCCAUUCCGACUGGUACGCCAUCAUCGGUGACGUUCGGUUCAGUAUCUCAGCCAAACGCAGACAGAUCUUCACUUGCUGAGGAGAAGGAAGACGAACCGUCACCCAUCCCCGUCUUCCGUUCGCGUGCACAGGAGAAACCAAAGAGCCCACCCAUGAUGCUUACCCUCAACACUGAAGACAGCAACGUCAGCUUACGUCCCGUCCGUGGAGUACCGAUAUCUCCUGCUGCAAGGAAGGGUCUUGGGCUGACUGGGACGAUGGGGGAUGCUGAGGAAGAUGGAGAGCAGGAGUUGUCGGACGAUCCGGAUUCGGAUAUUCCGGAGGAGUUGCAAGCGAUUUUACAUUCUGGCCAGGACGGAGAGACAGAGACAGAGAGGUUCGAGGAUACGCUCACGUUCGACGGACAUCUUGGUCUUCGACUACCUCCUUCACCUGGUUCGCCACCUGAAUCGCCACUGCCCAUGCCGGACAGCUCUGCCCCUUCGGUUAUCAUCCCUGAAGUUCCAGUGUUUAGAGCGAGUCUCACUAUGGAGGACGAAGAGGAAGGGGUUCAGCUUGACGAUUCUGACUUCUCCAACUCCAAUCCCAACUCUCCGUACCAGGACCAUACAGGAAAGUCAUUCGAUUUCACGGGAGAGCUGAAGGUUUUGAACGAAUCUGGUGCAAACAACCGCCACAGCUUCGUCGAGCAGCUGGAGAACGCGUUCAAGACCCCGGCAAAAUUCGACCUCGAGAGGCAUGGUCAAUCCAGCGACAACAAGAAUGCCGACGCGAACCAGGAAAUGCCUGAUAUUUCGCUUGCGCUGAGGAGUUUGGGUCUUCAAGACUCACUCCCUAGAUCCGUGUCGAACGGCAGCAUGGAUGUCUCGGAUAUUGGACAGUCUCCGAUGGGACUUCUUCCUAGUCCGGACAUCGUCGAUCCGAGGAGUCGUAGCUCGAGGGAAAGUGCCAUGUCUGGACUCGGUAUGGACGACAGUAUGAACUUCUCAUUCGACAUCGGACAGUCUCCCUCAGGACUCCUUCCUAGCCCGGAUAUCAUCGUUCCAAAGGCCCGCGGUUCCAGAGCGAGCACCACGUCGUUCUCAUCCAGGAAGAGCAAAUCUUCGUCUCGAUCGAAGGCGUCGGAUGGUCAGCUGGACGUAAACUUCAAGUUCGGAGGCAAGGGAUCUAUGUCCCCCAGGCGUGCGCAUACGAGGACACCUUCGAUCCUCACACUUUCGGACAUCAUCCCCUCUCCCUCGCAUGCGCGGUCCCUCUCAAUGGCCUCUUUCUCGAGUGACAUGCCCAAGGUCGAGGAGGACAGCUACGUUCUGAAGUCGAUCUUCGAGAAGGCCACAGAUGGUGCGGCUGAGACUUCACCUGUUCCGUCGCUCCCCCGCCGGCGUGCCGACUCUGACGCUGAGCCUGACUCGGCUUCGAAGAGGGCUGCUCGUGAGCAAGCUUUGAUCGAUUUGGUUGUUGGUCCUCAAGGUUCUCACUCUCGUGCUCCCUCCGACAUGAGUUUUAACGGUUUCGAGAUGUUUGGGGACGUUCGCCGUGGAUUCGAAUUUGGUGGAGAACGUCCAUCUUUUUAUCCUCCACCCAGUGCGACCGCCCGCCGAGGGCACAUGCCGCGUGAUUCGGUCCUGAGUAUGGCUUCUAUUUCAUCCUACGGCGCGGUCUUGAAUAGCGGUACCCCGGAUCCUUUCGACUAUGGUGUUCCCGCAUUCUCGGACAGGCCAUCCUCCGACGAUAUGUCCAUGUCGUUCUCGAUGUCCAUUGACGACACCUUCUCGUUCAUCCGUCAGAACCGCAACCAGCCUCUUCUUAGGCGAAGGCUCGAAAGCGACGCUUCCACUUUCUCCUUCCGCGCAUCGCAGAUUCUCCGUCCUUCAAUCGUUCCUCGGAACCACCACCACCGCCAAGAGUCUAACAUGUCUACCACUUCUUUCGCUCCACCCAUCAGCCUUUAUAAUCGUGGCUUCGGCACCUACGGUCCCGGUCACAGGAGGAACGACUCGAACAACACGAACAACAGCGCGAGCUCUAUCGCUCACGCGUACGCCAACCUACAGCACUUGUAUGGUUCCGCUCGGUCGAAAAUUGCGAGACAUCGUCAGGAACAGUCCAUGGAGUCGACUAGGAGCGAUAUGGAGGCCCUGCGUAACGGUAUGGGUCGUGGGAUGGGUGACAAGAUGCUCGAUUCUGCCUUCGAGUAUUGCAUGCCUCUGCCGUCGAUAUCUGAUUCUCCUCGGGAGUCCGAAGACGAGGAUGUAAUGAUGGACAACCGGUCGAUGGAUGAUUCAAUUUUGGAUGGGGAAUCUGGGAGGGUGUUCUCUCCUAGCGACUCGAUCUUCGAGAAGACGAACCGACCGAUAUCUGUCUCGUCGGAGGAGGUCUUUAACGACUCUGAGCCGUCCGGAAGACGCGAUUUAUUCUCUGUUGGGCAGUUCCGGCCUGUCUCGAUAUACAGCGACGACAUGAGCAGCGACUCCGACGAGAAGCCUCAGGAUGACGAUACGAUGAUCACGAUGUUUGACGGAAGCCUUGUUCGCCGCCGUUCUGUCGGUUCUGUUCUCGAAACCUCUCCAUGCAUCCGUGUUGGAAAGAGAAAGGCCAUCCGUGGCCCUCAACAUCGCGUCGCUGGGUCCGAGGAUGAUGUCAUGGAGGCCCCCAACAAGGUUUUCCUCAGAGAGCAGCCGGCAAUCAAUACUAUCGCGGGCGACCGAUUCGGAGACAAGAGAAUGACUCAGGUUCAGCAGGGUCUAAUUGCGCGACAGAGUUUAGAAGAGAAUUGCUUGAGCGCCGAAGGCGAAGAUGACGGUUCUCUGCGCCCUCCACCGGUCUUCACUCGUCCCGGACGGUCAAGGUCCAGCACUGUCACAUCCAGUUCUGGUGGGGAUACUCCGCCGCUCUCCGCUUGCGAACAUUCAUCUCAGUCCAGUGAAUCUCAGUCUUCCAUCGAUAUCGCUCAGCUCAACGCCAUACUCACUGGCAUGGCUCUGCCCCUCACCGGGAUCGCUCGGGAAAGAAUGAGGGCCAGAGCUCGGGGAGCUGGUCAUCGUCGUCGUGCAUCUCAAAUAGCCCAAGCUCGCAUGUCGCGCUCGUCGGUAUACGAGACGAUUGAAGAGGAAAUGUCCGUCAAUAACACUCCUGGCCCUUCGAAGACCGCGAGUCCAGACGAGACUGUUCUUUCGCCUGUCAGAGACGAUGUCAUGAUCGUCGAUGCGGAUGAUACACGAUCCGUGAGGUCCUGGAACGAGGACAAGGACAUGGUGGAAUUGAAGAAGUACUAUGCUCUCAAGAACGAGGCGCACGACACGGUUGAGGAGAGUAGGCGUACCUGGUCGGAUACUCCGUUUUCCAUCUACGCAGUUCAAUGCUUCGAGCCGCCUGGUCAACCCGCGGGCAUGAAGGCUCUUCUCGAGCAUUCAAAGCAAACGUACGGCCCUCUACCCUCUGAACUUCGUCCCCGCCGUGUCCGGUCCCGCACGAACUCUCGUCCUUCGCCUUACCCUCGCUCUCAGUUCGCCACCUCGCCUGGAAUGAAGUCUUCCCCCUUCGAACAGCAUUCGUCUCCGGUGAUGCCCGAGUACGUCAACCGUAACAGUGUUGUGCACGAGAUGACGUUGCAGGAGCGGACUACGAACCCGAACUUCACCAACGCCACCUUGGCGGAUAUUUCGCCGUUUGUUCCAAUGAAGAAUUCGUUUGAAGCGCCCAUCAGGCCCAGGGUUGCUUCUAUCGCAAGGAGGAAUGCGCUGGGAUGGUCAAAGCGCAAUACUACCGGGAAAGAGAACAGGGAAAGUAGGGAGAAUGUCUCCAAUGGCUCAAUCGUGCCUGCCAAUAGUGAUUCUCUCCGUCUGAACCGUCCUCGACCUCGCGGAAGGCCCUAUUCCGUCCGCGCAUAAUCAAUCAAUCUCGCUCCAUGCCUCGAUAACCGUUCAGAUAACUCCCGUUUUCGGCUGGUACCUUUAGGAUCCCAUCCUGAACAUAUGCCUGCACGCGUUCCUCCUCGCACCAACCUUCCACGAAAACCCAGCGAUGUUCGCAAUCCGGUAACACCCUAUGCUAUGACAAAGUCAAAACCUAUGCCCCUCCUCUCACAUCUCCUUUCGCUUCCUUCUUCUGGAACUCUCUCUCAUGAGAUGCCGCACCCGGGUGGCGCGAAACACGAAUGGGUUGAUUCACUUUGCUUGAUUUGCUUUUCAGUUCGACUGCAGUGGUUGUGUGAUCGUCGGCGUCGCGUGCUUGCGCUUUUCAUUAUUCUUCGACGUUGCUGUUGUUGUGCUUUAAUGGUUUCUUCUGGUUUUUCGGGUGACCGUGCUACUCUUUGCCGAGGAUACGAACUUGAUGACGGAGGCGAGCCUGGUGUUCUGCAGGUUCGCUUCUUUCUCUGGUGAUGUCUUUUACGAUCUGCUUUGCGUAUAUUUCACGAGUUUUUGCUUUUUUCUUUUUCUUUUGACCCAUGAUGUUUUGAUAGAAUGUCCAAUAUGCCCC